CUGUCGUUUCAGUAGAAGAGACGCUUUGCUCUGACUCAGUAACGGUUUCUUAAAAACAAGUCACCUAAUUUUCAAGAAUGUCCUCUAAAUGCAGCAUGACGUAACGGUCUGUCCCUCAGUGUCUCUCCUCCAGAAGACUCCCUUCUCUCUGGUCACUUGCCACGCUACAGGUUUCUACCCCGACACAGCCUUGAUGUUCUGGAGGAAAGAUGGAGAGGAGCUCCAUGAAGGUGUGGAGAAAGGAGAGAUCCUCCCCAACAAUGAUGGGACCUUCCAGAUGAGUGUUGGUCUCAACGUUUCAUCAGUCACAGGUGAAGACUGGAGAAAGUAUGACAGCGUGUUUCAGUUCUCUGGUUUGAAGGACAGUAUCACCACCAAGCUGGACAGAGCCCUGAUCAGAACAAACCAAGGUUCUUCUUUUGGACUAUACAUUGGUAUUGCCAUUGGAGCAGUACUGAUGCUUUUAGCGGUGGUGGUCUGUGCUGUUGUUUUUGUCACAAGGAGAAGGAACAGCAGUGGGUUAUGAUGUCUUGAAAGCAACAAGGAGUCGAUGAUGUUGACCUGGAUAAGUCCAGGUGUGAAAGAAAUGGUCAUUGCUUCCUAUUAAAAAAAAGAAUACCUAGACUGUAAACAGGUAAAUGUUUUAGUUUAGUUUAACUAUCAGGUCUUUGUAAAUACAAACUAAGUGUAUAGUUCUAUCAAGACAAUUUAAUUUCCUGAUUCAUCCAGUUGGUGUGUUAAUGCUUCUUGUCAGAGAGUAAGAACAUCAUGAAAUAUCAUCAUGACAUCAUGCCUAAUGCAUUGUCAUUCCAUGCCAGUACUUGCAACUCCAUACCAUUUUUUUAACUAAGUAGUUACAGUGCCCUUCACAUUAGCAUCCUUGAUAAAGAUGUGUAGGAAGCCUUGAACCAAACUAAUCUUUUAUUACAGUAACAUGUCUCAGUUUUCUAAUACAAACCUACAGUACAUUUAAUAAGUGAGGGAAAAAUACUAUGUUUAGAAACAAUUGCUUUUAACACAUUCAUGAAUUCUCAACAAAUUAUUUAUUCUCUCAACUUACUGGUUAGUUUAGAACUUUUUCACAUAUUUCCAUGUUAACACCAUGGAGAUAAUUACAUUUAUUAGGCUUUUACGUUAUAGCUGAACACAAGUGUAAUUGUGAAGGCGAAGAAAAAUACACAUUGUUUUUAAAAUUCUUUACAAAUGAAACACUGAAGAGUUUGGCAUGUAUUUGUAUUAAGCCACCCUGAGUCAAUACUUUGUAGAUCCUCCUUUCACUGAAAUGACAGCCUUUGGGAUAUGUUUCUUCCAGCUUUGCACUUCUAAAGACUAAUUUUUUUGCCAAUUCUUUUCAAAUAUGCUUAAGCUUAGUCAGAUUAGAUGGGAAGGAUCUGCAUUGAUCCUACACAUUGUUUUUAUUUUUCACUAUGCAAGCAUUUUGCUUUUAGACCAAAAUUUAGGUUUGACCAGAGCAAAUUCUUCCAUGUGUUUGUUGCGCCCUACAUUGCUUUUGGCAAACUGCAAAAGUGACUUUGUAUAGUUUUCUUUUGACAAAGGUUUUCUUCUUGCCACCCUUCCAUAAAGACAUUAUUAGUAGAGUUCACAACUUAUACUAGUCCCUUCAACAGAUUCUCUCAUCUCAGCAUAGAAUCUCUGCAGCUCAUCCAGCUACCAUGAACCUCUUGGCUGCUUUUCUGAUUCAUGCUCUUGUCCAGUCUUUUAGAGUAUGUGGAAAACCAUGUCUUGGAGGGUUUGCAGUUUUGCCAUCCUCUCUCCAUAUUCAGAUAAUGGAUUGAACAGAACUUUGGGAGAUGCUCAAAGCGUACGAUAUUACUUUAGAAUCUAACCUUGCUUUAAACUUCCUCAGAACUUUGUCCCUGACCUGUGCUGUGUUACUUGUUCUUCACGAUGCUGUUUGUUCAUUAAUGUUCUCUAACAGACCUCAGCUACAUUUUGACUGUGAUUGACUUACGCCCACGAUUAACUAAUUAGUUGACUUCUAGAGGCAUUUUGUGACACUGGAUUUGAUUUAGGGGUUUCAAAGUAAAGGGGGUAUAAUACAAAUAGUCACACUUUUCAGAUUUUUAUGUAUAAAACCUUUGAAAACGUGUUAUUUUACUUACCUGUUAUAAUUAUUAUUUACUAUCAUUUACUAUUACUAUUAAUUAUUAUUAACAGUGUGUUCGUCUAUCAGAAAAAUUUAAUUAAAUAUACGUUUGUAGUUGUAAUGUCGUAAAAGGUGGAGAAGUUCAAGUGAUAUGAAUUGUUUUUUAUAGCACUCUAUUUGAAUAAAAUAUGAGCACAUUGUAUCUAAAUUAUUUUGUAAGGCAAAAGUGAAAUAAUAUACUUUUUUUUAAAUGCAAUAAACUUGUAGUUGAAUUGUCAGGUUAGAAAAAAAGUUUUUUUUUUGCAUUACUCCAGUUGUGUUAUGACAAACUAAACAUAAACUAAUAUUUCAGUGUAUUAUUUACACCUGAAAAACAAAAUUAUUCCUUUAAUCAUUAAAGCACAUAGGUACACAAAUACUGGUCAAACAAUAUAUAUUCUAAGCUUAGUCAGACAUUAUUUAGGUUUUACUGGAGGUAUUGUAAGAAGUUUAUUUCCUUUUGUCAAAUUGUCGAUCAAAAACUCUAAAAUAAUUAAUUCGUGCUACACAUUUUAUACUAGAUUUUUCUUUAUCUCGAGACAUUUAAAAAAGAUCUUUCUACCUUUUAGUAAUUUGUAUAAACUGAAAUAACAAAAUAAUUUUAAAAAACUGUGAAAAAUAUUUAAAAUAUGACUGAAAUAUGAAGUAACAUAGUAUUAAUAUUUUGAUGUUACAGAAAACUAUUAAAACCUAAUCCAUAGGUGUUUGAGUUUUGGAUUUGUGUAGAUGUCCGUUUCUUUCCUUGUUUAUGUUCCCUUAGUUUUACUAUUUAAGUUCAUCCCAUUAUUUACUUGUUUCUUAGCUUAUUUUGUAUAUUUAGAUAUGUUGUUACAUUUUUCCCCUGAGUUUCUCUCCGUCUGCUCUUGCUCCUUUACUCCCCUCCUUCAGCUUUCUCUCUUCCUUCAUUGGUCUCAGCUGCUCCUCAUCUCCUCCUGAUUAGACUCACCUGUUUGCAAUACCUUCUCUCCACUCUUCCUUAUGUAGAUCUUGCUCUCCAGUUAUCUGUUUCUUCGCUGGUUUCCUCCGUUCUCCUGGCCCAUACUCCGUUACUUUGCCUCACGGUCCAUGUUCUUGACCAGUUCUCUGUUUGUGCGCUCUCAUGCCAGUUUGCAAGUCUUUUUGUUAUUCAAUAAACUUUGUUUCACUUUGU